AGCGCCCCGCACUCGACUGUGCAUGUUAGCAGAACGGCAGCUGACUAGCAACAUGGCGGUGGCUGUGCGUGCGUUACAAGACCAGCUCGAAAAAGCGAAGGAGAGUUUGAAGAAUGUGGACGAAAAUAUAAAGAAAUUAACCGGCAGAGAUCCGAACGAGUUACGGCCGGGUCAGACCAGACGGCUUUCCCUCACAGGCCCAGGUGGAGGUAGGGGCCGUGGAAUCAACAUACUGAGGCGUGGACUCUCCGAUGGAGGUGGAGGACCCCCAGCCAAACAGAGGGACGUCGAAGGGGCACUCUUGAGGCUGGCGGGGGAUCAGCGAGCCAGGAGAGAUUCACGGCAUGACAGCGACGCUGAGGACGAGGACGAUGUCAAAAAACCAGCGUUGCAGUCAUCAGUCGUCGCUACCUCCAAGGAGCGCACACGUCGAGAUCUUAUUCAAGAUCAGACCAUGGACGAGAAAGGGAAGCAAAGAAAUCGCCGCAUGUUUGGCCUGUUGAUGGGAACGUUACAGAAGUUUAAACAGGAGUCGACUGUGUCCACAGAGAGGCUUAAAAGACGGCAGGAAAUUGAGCAGAAACUGGAAGUACAGGCGGAACAAGAGCGUAAGAAAGUGGAGAGCGAGAGACGCGAGCUGUUCGAGGAGAGACGAGCCAAGCAGACGGAGCUCAGGCUUCUGGAGCAUAAAGUGGAGCUGGCUCAGCUGCAAGAGGAGUGGAAUGCCCACAACGUUAAGAUUAUCAAGUUCAUUAGGACGAAGACCAAGCCUCCGCUCCUCUACCUGCCGGGUCGCAUGUGUUCAGCCACACAGAAGCUCCUGGACGAGUCUCAGAAAAAAAUGAACGCCAUGUUUGAUGAGAGGCGCGAGGCGUUCGCUGAGCACCUGAACAAGAUGGAGGCUCGGCCGAGGCGUCAGUCUCAGCGCGCCGGGAAAAAGGAAACGGAGAACGCUGAAGGGAAGAAGAAAGAAGAUGAAGAGGAGGGUAAGCAGAAGGAAAGGCUGACAGGUAAACGACAUGGUGUAGAGAUGGAGAUGGAGGAGGAGGAUGAGGAGGAGGAAGCAGAGGAGGAAAUGGAAGAGAGGGAGGAGAGUUUAGAGGUCAGGGAUAGGGAGGGAGAGGGGGAGCAGGAACAGAAGGAGGAUGAAGUGAUGGAUGAGGGGAAGGGAGAGGAAGAGGAGGAAAAGGAGGAAAAGACAGCAGUGGAGGAUAGAGAGGUGGAGGAGAAGAUGGAGGUUGAGAUGGUAGUGGGGAAUUUAGAGGGGGAGCAGCAGCAGGAGCAGCAGCAAGUAGAGCAGGAAAAGAGUCCGGAGGUAGAAGAGGUAGGUAACGACAGGGAGGAAGAGAAGGAGCAAGAGAAGGAAAGCCAUCAGGAAGACCAUGUCGAGUCUCUGAUAACUGCUGUAAACGACACGGAAGUCCAAGCUGAGGCAUCUAAAGAUCCUCCUGUUGAAGUUCCCUCGCAACCCACAACCGAAAAAGACGGCACAGAGCCGAGCGGCGCUCUCGAGCCCCAAACACACACAGGACAACCUGAAGAAGUCUCCAAUCAGCCACAGGAAGUAGUCACUGAGCCCCCGGAAGCAAAGAAUGCCGAGGGGGAAGUGGACGAGGCACGAGGUCGAGCUAAAACGAAGACGUCGCGUAGCAGCAGCAGCUCCUCGUCGAGCUCCUCGUCUGGUUCCUCGUCCAGCGGCUCAAGCUCGUCCUCCAGCAGCUCCAGCAGCUCUUCGUCGGCCUCGUCUUCCUCGUCGAGCUCUCGGUCACGCAGCAGAGAGCGCCGCAGGAGGAAUUCUGAACGGAGGAAGAGCGACAGGAGUCAGAAGCCGAGUAAAAGCAGCAGUGGGCACAGAGAGAGGAAGGAGAGAUCCAAGGAGAAGGACAGGAAGAGGACGGGGUCAGAUGGGAGCAGGUCGGGAAAACGGCCGUCACGCAGCGAGCGGGAACGAAAAUCGGACCGAAAAGAGAAAAGGCGCUAAAGGAAAAAGACCGGAUCUCUUGGGGGUUUUUUUUGUAUUAAAUAAAGUCUGCAUUUUGUUUAUGGUGAGGAGGUGAAAUUGCCUUAAGAUGACUUCCUGCUCUUUUUAAAGCAAGACUGCCUACCUAUUUUUUUUUUUUUUUUUUUUUUUUUUUUUUUUUUUUUUUUUUUUAAGUUGAUGUGGUGUAUGGGGUUUUUUUUUGGUUGUUGGUUUUUUUAUUUUAUUUUAUUUUGUUUUAUUUUUUUUAAAUAACCUCUUGCAUUCAUCUCGUUUCCUGUGCUUCUUGGCUUAAUUUUUAGCUUUUAUAAACAUUGAUUUUAAGAUAACGCUCAAAGCCCGCUCGAUCUUUCAGUCCCGUUAUCUGAUACCUGACUCCUAGAAAAUGUAAGAAUCAGCCAUGAUGACUUUCUCGUACUGAACAUGAGCGUUUUUGACCUCGGUGUUGUCGUGUCCUGGUCGUACGGUAGAGUAGUGAUCUUGUUUUGGCUGCUUGUGCAGUGCACAUGUCUGUUUUCAGUUUUUCUCUGUAAAUGUCAUGCGUCCGCUGUGCCGAGUGAAGCGCAGCAUCCUUGAUUUUUUGGAGAGAGCUGCUGACCUUUUAGUAUACAUGAAGCGCACUCGUAUGUGUGGGGUUGGGGGGGGGGGCGUUGAUUAAAAAUGUGAACUGAAACCUUGAGUGUCUUGAUUUUUUUCCUUGUGAUGUGAUUUUGGUGCUGUUACACACGAAUGAACACACUGAUAUUAAAUAAAAUCUUUCCGCGAACAUUUACCCGCAUACGUUCCUCAAGAACAUUUGCUUCCUCUUCGUUUUCAUUAAGACGUUAUAAUUAUCGCUUUCCUCUACGUCAGUUCUUUUUCAUCAGAAGGAAACUUUCGAUGGAGAUAGGUUGAUGAUUUAAAUUAGAAACGUACCAGUGUAAUAAGAGAAUCCACAUUUCUGAGAUUAGAAUAUUCUCUUAAAGUCGUAUUUAUCCUUCUCAGCGCUUUAAUACGGUGAUGUGACCUGUAAACCCUUACGACACUUCUUCUAUACCUCACAGGGUCCAGAAAACACGAUAAUCUCUCCUAAUAACCACUUUAAUCUGCCCUUAAAGCAUAUAACAAUAUCAAAAGUACACUUAAAUGGUUUAAUGCUACAACUAAUAAUACAAUAAGGCCUACAGGAACUUAAAAUCAUCCAUAAAGCCUAAGAAUGCACUGAGGGGAUCAUAAUACAACCCAACCACACUCUAUAAUGUCUAAUAACACCUGAAAUCAAUGUCUGUAAAGCUGAUGAUGUGUACAGGUGUUAGUGUGUUAUAGCAGUCAUUAUGCUCUUUAUCAUGCCAUGUGGCUGUUAUGAUGCGCCCCGAUAGUGUGUUAGUUAUUUUUUUUGUUAUUAUGGAUAUUACAGGUGUUAUAAGACAUAGAGUAUAAAUGUUGUUAUGGAUGUUGUAGUGUAUUAUAUUUUCUUAAUAAAGCGCUUAUAGUGUG